AUGGGACGUCUCCAGCAGCACAAUGACCCGAAUGUAACGCUAACACCUCCAGCGCCGGCGUCCCACACGGACCAAGCCCCUCCUCUGUACCCCCAGGAAGAAGAGGUCCACCAAUACCCACCAGCGGCUGCCCCUUAUGCGGCAGCGCCGAGGAGCCCAUGCCCUUUCCCUCCCCAGCAGCAGACCCAGCCCCAGACUCCACCCUACCACCCACACCCUCCUCCUCCUCCGCAUGCGCCGCCGCAACCCGGCCUAGCCCAGUUCCAAUCUACGCCUUUCCCGCAGCCAGAACCAGUUCAACCAGCAGUCCCUUUCUCACCAGGGCCUGUGCAAUGUUACCAGCCUCCGGCAACCUACCCCGCCUCCGGUCCCCAACAGUUCAACCAGGUCAACACGCCAGCAGAAGGCGUUCCUUAUCAGAAACCAUAUGUACCGACACCGGCUGCUCGGUUUGGACCUGGGGCGCAGUCUGCGCUCUGGACGACGGGCCUCUUCGACUGCUUCGAUGAUCCCACCAACGCUUUAAUUACUCUUUUCUUCCCGUGCGUGACGUUCGGACAAGUGGCAGAGAUAUUGGACAAUGGACAGACCACAUGUACUACCAGCGCAAUGAUGUAUACUCUAAUCGCCUGUUGCUUUGGCAUGCCAUGGAUACUGUCGUGCACCUACAGAACCAAGCUGCGAGCUAAGUACGGUCUCAUGGAGUCUCCUGCUCCGGACUGGAUUACUCACUGCUUCUGCGAUUGGUGUGCUAUCUGCCAAGAGUACAGGGAACUGAGCAACAGAGGCCUCGAUCCUGGCAUUGGAUGGCAUGCCAAUAUGAUGCUGCAAGCUCGACAGCAACAGACGACCAUGGCUCCCCCUGUAAAUCAGACCAUGAGAGCUUGA